AUGAAGAGAACAAUGCGCACAAGAAAGCAAACAAAAGAAGAGGAUGAAGCGAAAGAUGAGAAGGAGAAAAAGAUGGAAGAAGAAGAAGAGGAAGAGAAGCCAAAGAAGACACCAAAGAAGACUCGUAAGACAACGAAAAGCGCCAAAAAGGAAGUUGAGCCAGAGGAAGAGAAAGAAGAGAAGUCUGAAGAGAGUGAUGAAGAGAAAGAUAAGAAAGGAAAGACCACUACGAAAGCACCAAAGAAAAGUUUGAAAGAAGAUCAAUUGUAUGACAAAGAGAAGGACAAUGACGAGUAUUGGGAAAACGCACACUACACUGAUUAUACUGCAGACUUCAAAGAAAGUGAACCAAAGCUUGAAAGUGGUGAGAUGAAAAUAGUUACGUUCAAUGUGGCGGGGUGGAAGGCUGCAAUGGGAAAGGGGCUUGAGAAGUACAUUAAAAAGGAAGAUCCGGACAUCAUCUGUUUUCAAGAGACAAAGCUUCAAGACGGUGUUGUACCGACCGUCAGUGGAUACAAUUCAUACUUCAGCGCAUCGACUGCAAAGAAGGGAUAUGCGGGGACGGCAAUAUUAACGAAGGAGAAACCAAUCACCGUCACUAUGAAACUUGAUGGGAAGCUUAACGAGCAUGGAAGAAUCAUUACUGCAGAGUAUGAGAAGUUCUAUUUAGUCAACACGUAUGUGAUGAAUAGUGGUGUGAAGCUGGAGAAUUUGAAGAAAAGAGUCGACACGUGGGACGUGAGUAUGAAGAAGCACUUAAUUGAUUUAUCGAAGAAGAAGAAAGUGAUUUGGUGCGGCGAUUUGAACGUUGCUUUACGGUGGAUAGACGUGGCGAAACCAGCGACAAGACUGCGAUGUGCGGGGUUUACUAAAGAAGAAAGAGAAAGUGCAAGUCAACUACUCGAAGAGGUCGGAUUGGUCGAUUCCUUCCAAGUGAAACACCCAAAGGAAAAGAACUUUUAUACAUUCUUCUCGUUCAGAGAUAAAGCUAAAGUGUCUGGGUGGAGAUUAGACUACUUCGAUGUUUCUAAGGAACUUGUCGACGAUAUAACACAGAUUUAUAGAAGAAAAGAAGUGAAUAUCUCUGAUCAUGUCCCUCUUGUUAUUCACAUCAAAAAAUAA